UAUUUAACAUUAAUUUGUGGCCUUUCCUUUUAGCUCUCGUCUUUACUCGAUCAUCACAAACAUUAUGUCGUCUUCAUCUUCCUACAAACAGUUUGCUCACUUACGAAUCCCACUUGAAGAGAUAGUCUCCGGCACCACCAAUUUUUCUGAUGCAAAUCUCAUUAGAGAAAGUGCAUUUGGAAAGGCUUACAAAGGACACCUCUUUCGGUCGGAACAACAGAUUGAUAUUGUUGCAGAAAGGUUAGAUCGUAAGCAUGGAUACGGAGACGUCGAGUUCUGGAAGGAGAUUUCGAUGCUUUCUAGUCUCAAGCAUGAAAACCUGGUCUCUAUUAUUGGGUUCUGUGAAGAGAAAGAUGAGAAGAUCAUCAUAUACAAGGAUAAGGUCAACGGAAGUCUCGACAAACUUCUUAGAGACCCGACCUUCACAUGGAUGCGGAGAUUGCAGAUAUGUGUUGGUGUUGCGCACGCUUUGAGUUACAUUCAUUAUGAUAAGCGACGCGAUUUUAGCGUCAUACAUCGUGAUAUCAGGAGCUCAAAGAUCUUACUAGAUGACCACUGGGAAGCGAAGUUAUCUGGUUUUGAACUUUCCAUCAGUCAGAAAGCAGCUCGGAGAAACCGACUUUGCCUUAUUGAUGUUCGUGGCAUGCGUGGGUAUUGUGACCCAACGUAUGUCAAGAGUGGAAGUGUGACCCACAAGUCGGAUAUGUAUUACUUUGGUGUAUUGUUAUUUGAAGUAUUGUUCGGAAAGAAGGCAGUGAUGGUUAACGAGGUUAAUAGGUUGCUAGCCCCGUUGGCGAUAUCUCAUUAUGAAGGUGGAAGAUUAGAUGAUAUGAUCGAUCCGGUUCUAUGGAAACAGAUGGAUCCACAAUCAUUCAAGAUCUUUUCAGAAAUAGCAUAUUACUGCUUGAAGAAACAACGAUCACAGCGUCCAAACAUAGAUCAGAUUGUUAUGAAACUUGAGAAAGCAUUGGAGUCUCAACAGAAACAUGAAAAUCCUGCUUACUCGACGGUUGAAGGCAUAGCCUCCAAAACCUUGAAGGGGAAAAAUGUGGAACACUUACGCAUCCCACUAAGUGAUAUAGUGUCAGCCACCAAGAAUUUUUCUAAAACAUACUUAAUUGGGUCAGGCGCGUAUGGUGAGUGUGUUGCAGAAACUCAAGCUAGGCGCCCCACAGCGGAAGUCAUCAUCAAGAAACUUGAGGAAGCAUUAUCUUUUCAAGAAAACAUCAAGGACAACCUCAAACUUUCACUAGAAGCGAUUGCCUACCAAUGCUUACAUGAUGAAAGUAAAAAUCGACCAACAACAAGUGAGGUCCUACUACAACUCAAAAGAGCAUUGGAGUUCCAAGAGGAUUACGAAUUAUGGGCGCCCAAAUUGCCUAAUGGUUAUGAACAAACAUUUAAAAUGUCAAACUUUCCUGAGAUCCACUCCAUUGAAAAGAAAAAGGACCUCUACGACAUGCUCUGCAAAGGAAUACUCCUUCAAGAAGGCAAAAUGUUGUUUUCACUGGGCGAUAAUGGAGAACAAAAUGGAAUGAUAUCAGCAAGAAAGUUUCUAUACAAACGUCGGUCAGGUUCACAUAAGUGGCGAUCUGUUCCAGAAUCAAGGUUUGAUAAAGUAGCAAAAAUGUUAGAUUUAUCGAAUCUAAAUAUCCAAGUAAAGAUAAAACCUCAAUUUUUAUCUCCGGGCGUCAACUAUGGUGUUUAUCUAGUUUUUAAAUUUUGCGAAUCAAGAAAAUCUGUAACAAAUAGGAUGUACGUGAACCUAAAGUACAAAAUGGGGAGGGAAACCUUACAUACAUAUUUUGCAACACGGAGAGAAGAUGGGUGGAUGAUGAUUGAAUUGCAUCGAUUCUUAAAUCAUGAGAAAGAUGAUGACUUUGAGUUUCUACUAGAGAGCUUUUCGCGAUGCUACUGUGAAAGCCAUGACAUCUAUAUUCAAGGCAUCGAGUUUCGGGCCAUUGAUAAUGUCAAACAUGAAGAAAUCAAGAAAUUGAAGGAAGUCCAACAACUCUCGAUCAAAUCAGACUUGAACAUGGAACACGUGCAACAAUUUUCAACUAAUUUUGAGAAAGAAAUUGACAGAUUUGAAGAUUAUGAUGAGGGUGAAAAGUUGUUCUCGCUAAACAAAGUGAUCUUAAAAAAGAAACAUUAUGUAAUCUCAGCAAAGGAGACUGUUUACAAAUCUACUGAUGUGAAGCUUUUCAAUGUGCUACCCUCAACCCAUUCCAGAUUCCAAAAUGCAAUUGAGCUUCUAAGACAACAAGUAUUUCGUAUCAAGUGCAAGAUUGAAAGUCAAAGGUUGUCACCAGAUACAGAAUACACAUGUUACCUUGUGUUCAAGCUCUCAGAAAAAUGCCAUGGCUUGCAUUGUCCGGUGAUAGUACGUGAUUUACUCCAACAACGCAAAAACAAAGAGAAGGGAAUUCUAUAUUUUAGAUCCCCAAGCCCAUGUAAUGUCAAUGAUACUGAUCGGGUUCCAAAAGAGAGGGAAGAUGGAUGGAUGGAAAUCAAUGUGUGGAAAUUCAACUCAAGUAAUGAGAUUCGAGAUGAUUGUGCUUCUAUCAAUUUGAAGCUCAUAAGUUAUAAAGAAACAGACAGCAUUUUCUGA